UUUGACUUUCAUUAGCCAUGCACUCUAUGACUUUCUCCCAAUUCACUCCAUCGAUUGUAUGGGCGUCACCUCCCCCUACAACCACCACCAUACCCCGUUGCAAAUCAUUGCAAAUGGUUUCUCCGGUCUCCGCGGUGGCUUCAUCACCUAUAGGGCCGCCUCCAUCACGCCACCACGUAACUCACUCAAUGCCACAUGAAAAACUAGAAGUCUUCAAGUCAUUAGAAUCUUGGGUUUCUGAAAGUCUCCUUGAUUUUCGCAAGCCCAUAGAGAAAUGUUGGCAGCCUAGUGAAUUUCUCCCUGACCCUUCUCAAGGGUUCGAUGGAUUUAACGAAGAGGUUUGGGCACUAAGACAACGAGUUUUAGGGCUUCCCGACGAAUAUUUUGUUAUGCUUGUGGGUAAUAUGCUAGCUGAGGAUUCAUUACCUACUUAUCAAACCAUGAUUAAUACGUGGGAUGGAGUGCGUGAUGAGACUGGGUCUAGUUCAUGUCCAUGGGCAAUUUGGACUCGGUCAUGGGCGGCUGAGGAGAAUCGACAUGGUGAUUUACUACGAACUUACAUUUAUCUUUCGGGCAGAGUUGAUAUGAUGAUGAUUGAGAAGACAAUGCAAUAUACUAUUCGAGCUGGAAUGGACAAUGGAACAGAGAACAAUCCAUAUAUGGGCUUUGUGUAUACAUCAUUUCAAGAGCGAGCAACAUUUUUGUCGCAUGGCAAUAUGGCUAGGCUAGCUAAAGAGGCCGGAGACCCUGUACUAUCCCGUAUAUGUGGAACCAUUGCAGCAGAUGAGAAGCGGCAUGAGAAUGCCUACAUAAAAAUUGUUGAGAAAUUGCUUGAAGUGGAUCCAAAUACAACUAUGUUAGCCAUUGCGAACAUGAUGAAGAAGAGAAUUGUGAUGCCACAACAUCUCAUGUAUGAUGGGCAAGAUUCGAAUUUAUUUGAGAACUACUCCGCCGUUUCCCAAAGGCUAGGGGUUUACACAACUCGUGAUUAUGCUGAAAUAGUAGAGUUUUUUAUAACACGAUGGAAAUUGGAAAAGCUUGAAGGCUUGACAGGGGAAACGAGGAGUGCACAGGAUUUUGUGUGCAAAUUUCCUUACAGUUAGGAAGUUGGAAAAUCGAGCCAAGAAAGUAGAGCCAUGUCGAGUGAAAUUUAGUUGGAUUUUCAAUAAAGAAG